CAUUUCGAGUUAUUUAUACGUCGGUGGUGAAGUUACUGAACGACUGCGUUUACAGCGUCUGAAAAUCUGCAGUUUUGUAAAAGAAAAAUCUACCAGAAAAGGGAAGAAGGCUGGCUUUUUCUCAGGAUAUAUCCGAGAGAAUGGUAUACUAUAAACACCAAACCUGAUAAUGAGAUGAAAGGAGAAAGAAAUCAUGGCUGACAAACCUGAGCAAUCUCCCAAGGGUUGGACUGAAUCUCAAGUGAGCGACUGGCUAAAGUCAAUUGGAGUCAAGGAGCAAUACAUAAAUAAGAUCUAUGAGGAAGAAGUAGAUGGACAAAUCCUACUUGAACUGGAUGAGGACUUUUUGAAGUCAAAGAUUGGCAUGAAAGCCGGCCCUGCUCAUUUAAUUAUUCAAAAGAGAAAUGAUCUCAUUACCUCCAAGCAAAAGUCUCAGGUGAAGAAAAAGCUCACCGGUGGGAAAAAAACUGAGUCGGAACAGACAUCAGUUGAAUGUCUUCCUAAAACAAGUGAAGAUCCUCCAGCGGAGAUUCCUGAGAGAGAUCAAGAUGUCUUAAAGAAAAGACAAACUUCUCUGGAAAAAUGCGUGUUGACUUCGAAGGAAGACUGCAGACCACGACCAUUUGAUCAAGAAGGGAUUGAGUUCAUAUAUGUAAAACACACAGUCCUGCAGCCUGAAUCAGGUGCUUUUAAUCUGAUAUCUCCAUGCCAUGAAUUUAAGUCUUUUGCUACAGCUGCUGAAUUGGAUCGCACAAGACUCCAGGCGAAGUUUGCCAAAGAGGUCCUCAAAUUUGCUAUAGGCUGUAUGAAUAUCAGAUCAAAUGGCACCAUUCACUUUGGUGUGAUGGACAGCAAGGAGGAUGAAGGACACGUGCAUGGUGAGAUAAUUGGCAUCGCUGUAAAAGAGAAAGACAUUUAUGUAGAUGCUUUGGACUACAUUGAAAAAUGUAUUUCCUCGGACAAGGAGCAUGUACGCCUGUGUGUGCGGCCACCAAGGUUCAUAGAGGUUAUGGAUCGAGAAAGCACAGAAAAGAAGUAUGUGGUAGAGGUUGACAUUGUGCCUUCAGUACGUGUUGUUAAGAGCAAGGUGUAUAAAGUUCGUCUGCCAAACUUCAAAGAGUCAACUAACAAAAUAGAAUAUGAGAAAGAAAUGAUUCUGCGGAGAGUGGGUUCAAAAACAGAGCAAGUAAGCAACGAAGACCUUGGUGAUUUUUACCAGCGAGUCCAAGACAGGGAUGCCCAAAGAGAAGAAGCAGAGAAAAAUCAGUUCCUUAGUGCCCCAGACUUAUGCCAAGACCUCGGACGAAAACUCACAAUGCUAAUGACUAGUGGGAAGAAAUUUAUUGAAAAGGAGAAAUGGUUCAUACUUGUCACAAACAAAUUCAACCCUGAUGAUCUUUGCAACAUUGACUGGCUUCUUAACAUGAACGUGUUCUGUGUAUUUGACUUUGACCCAGACUCAAAGACAUCGGGUCUUUGCAGUAAAUACCUUCAGCAUCAUGCUGCAAACAUGCAUUCUCUGCAGAGCUAUAGGAUAUCUGGUGACAUGACCAUCAAAGAAUUCACAAGCCACUUGCAUCUGUUUGAGCAAACUAGCUGGAUCUUUUGUAAUGGCCGUUCUGAUUUCAAAGGAAGUGAAAUGCCAUGUGAUGAAAUGACCUGGAUUAAGUCAAAAAUGACUUUCCUGCGGGAAUCUGUGUCCUUGAUCUGUAAACAAAUCUUGCCAAAGGGAACGUUUCAAGUCAUUUUUCUUCUCACAUCACCAGUUGAGAAACCACUCUUGCACACCUUUAAUGAGUUCUUCACGGACAUGGAAGGCCAUGAAGACAUCAUCUGCAUCUGUGAAUCACAGAAAAACUUCCAGAAGUGGCAAAGCUUUGCAGAGGGGUCAUGUCGAACAGAAACUGUGAACAACUCCAGUGUUGUUGGGAUGAAAAUGAGUCACAUCAAUUCAACUCUGCAGCAAGUACAACCAGUAAAAGCAUGUACCAAACAAUUGCCAGUCUAUGUAAAAGGGACAUGUCUUCUUGAAACCCAUGAAGAGGAACAGAUGUAUUCCCUGGAAAUUCUGACAGUUGAUCAUUGUCGAGAAACAAAUGAAGAAUUUAUCAAUGAGGAGAAAACAAUCAUUGAAAAGCAGUUCUACCGGGGUGGAAGAGUGAACUGGUUGAAUUUCUGGCUUGGGCACAAGUAUGUUGGAGAGGUAAUUAAGAGAGAUGCUUAUUAUGAAGUUUCCAAACUUCUACGUGAUGCUUUGGAAAGGAAUGCAGAUCAAACACCGGUAAACAGUAUAAACAUCUACCAUCAUCCAGGAAGUGGUGGAAGCACUGUGGCAAGACAAGUGCUGUGGAAAAACAGGAAAGAGCUAAGGUGUGCAGUUGUGAAGCCUUCAUACUCAGCUGCUGUUGUUGCACAACAUGCAGUUAAACUAAGAGAAUAUGAAGAAAAAGAUCCACAAACAUGUCUUCAUGUGCUGCUCCUCAUUGAAGACUCCGACAAAGAAUAUCUAGAUGAUCUCAGGAAUGAACUAGAGGUUGCCAUUAACACCAGAAGAAUCCAGUAUGGGACUCUAUGCUUCAUUUUGUUGAGCUGCAGACGAUCCCAUGAUCCAGAGAAGAGAUGCAAGGAGUCCCCACUACAGAACGUGUCUGUCACUCACAAACUAUCUGCUGACGAGAAAAGAAAGUUUUCUGGAAAACUAAAGUCACUUAAAGAACAAUAUGAGCCUGACUUCAUACUGACAUUUGUUUUGUUGAGUGAAGGAUUCAGUGAGAACUAUGUUCAAGAGUUUGUGGAACAUUUGCUCAAUGGCAUUGAUCAUCAAUCUGUUGUUACUCGCCUCAUACUCUAUGUAGCACUGCUGAACACUUACGUUCAAAACUCGUACAUCUCACAGUCCCAUUGUGAAGCUUUGCUUGCCUUAACCAUUCACUUGGAAAGGUUUCGCCAGCAUGAGUUUGAGAAAUCACUCAGUGAUCAGGCCAAACUGGUCUUCUUGCACCUGAGAGAUGACAAGACGCACAUUGAAUCAAUCAGAAUCAUCCACCCACUUGUUGCAAAGGAAAUUCUCCAACAACUUUUGGGGAACCAACAGACCCAAAGCAGUUUGGCAAUGGAUCUGCUCUGCGAGACAGUGCUUUUUGAGCACAGAUUUGGAAGGGACGAAUAUCUGUCAUUUUUGAGAGCACUUUUCAUUAGGCGAGCCAGAAUAAGCAAAGGGGACAAAUAUGAUAGUUUUUUCUCUCCUCUGAUUGAGCAUGUGUGUGAAAAGGAGAAAUGCCCAGACAAAGCAAUUGAGUUACUAAAAGCAUUCCAGCGUUUCCAUAAAGAUCCGUUCUUUGCACAACAACUUGCUCGUCUUCAUUAUACUUACGAAAAGUUUGAAGAGGCAAAACACUGGGCAGAGACUGCAGCUAAACAGCAGCCCAACAACUCAUACAUCCUUGACACAAAAGGACAGGUGUACAGGAAAUGGUUCCAAGCUAAAUGCAGAGCGUUUGACAACGACAAUGUUCCAAAGACAGCCCAAAAUACAGCAGAUGCUAUGGAGACUGCGCUGAAAGCACUGGAGUGUUUUCAAGAAUGCGAGAAAGCAGCUAAUGCAGAUAUGGAAAACGUUAACAGCUCAGGGUUUUUUUCAGAAGUUGAGGUUGGCUGCAGUCUGCUCAAACUCAUCUCUUCAACCCAAGUGUUUGCAAAUGGCCAUUCAGAGUGUAUGAAGUACCUGCUGACAGAUUACAUUCCAGAGGAAGUUAAAGAUGCCUGGGAACCAUUUCAUGACCGUGUGAAAAAACUUCACAAGACAAUGCAAGAUGCCUUGGAAUGGAUUUCUGAAGACCUCAGUUACUUCCAGACAGACAUCGGGGAAGAUGAAAAUGAGACCGCUGAAAGACCCGAGGAGAAGAUAAGCCAUCCUCUGAAAUGGCUGGCAAAAAAAUCUGCAGAGUAUGGGAAGUACUUCAGUGAAGCAUAUUCUACUGCACUUCUACAACAUGGACAAUCAAUCCCAGCCAAUCUGACUCCUUUCCAGAAACGCAUGAUCAUCUAUCAUCUUGGUGGAGGUAAUGUAACAUCCAUCCUCUCCAAGCUAACUGACCAGAAGGAUGCAAUAUGUCUUCUAGAGAGCAUUCUUUCUCUGUACCCCAGCAAUCCAGUUCAGGCUAAAUUUGGACAAAGGGACAUUAUCAAUUACAUAUUGGCCCACAUUUCUCUGAACUGCCUGUCACCAAAGAAUCAAAAGGUAGCUGAUUUUAAAGAUCUACAGGCACUCUGUUGUCAGUUCCCAACUGAUAAAAGGAAAUGUUUACCAGGUGCCCUGUUCUUGCUCACCUUGCUAUUCUGGCCAGAGGAUCAUGACACAGACCGUGAGAAAGAAGCCAAAUAUGAAAUUGUGCAAUCAGCUGUUGAACACCUGGAAAAAGACUACUGGACCAAGAUGAAGGACAUUCCUCAGAGGAAAAGAAGGAUUUACGCCCACUUUUUCCUGGGCAAUGGAAAUGGAUUGGAUAAAUUUGUCCACAAGAGAAAGUUUGAAAGAGUCACAAAGGUGUUCUCAGUCUCUGAGAAACGAAUGAAGUGGUUUAGGGGUGAAGCAUGGAAAAUGCCAGAGAUCGCCAAGAUGCUGAAACGUGUUUCUGGAUGGACUGAAGAUGGAGUGGUGUACCUUGAAGGUCCUCGGAAAAAGAAGUUCAACAUCCUGCCUCUUCAUGUACCUUCAGUGCCUCACAGUAAUGAAAACAUCACGUUCUACCUGGGGUUCACAUUCAGAGGCCCUGUUGCCUACAACAUCAAUGUGAAACAAUAGACUGUCUUUGAAUAAUGAUCCUGUCACAUAAGCUGUACAUCACCUUGCUAGAACAUAGCUCAAGGACCACCCCAUCACCAACAGCAAGAACAGAUUACGCACAGAGCAAUUCAAAACACACAAGCCUUCUUUGGAUAGUUUGUAGGCAAAUUUGUAAAAUAAGUAUCAUUUUGUAAAAUGCAAGAUAAUUUGAUAUUCACAUUCCCCCCUCUUCUACUGGUGUGUAUAUCGUGUACAUAGCUAAAGUCAUAAAAUACAGUUUUUGUGUGUUUGAACAUGGACUACAACAUGGUUAACUGCAUUCCCAGAGUACUAACAAUGUAAACCGAAUUUGCUACUACAGCUUAAUGCUUCUUAAAUACGAACUUAAAAUCCCUGUUUAGAUUUAUGUAUCUAGGUUGAACUGUUUUUUUUUUGUGUGUGUGUGUGUGUGUCAGGUUUUUUUUUUUUCUCCUGGGAGUAAGGAGCGUUUCAGAAUGCAUCUCCAGUGGAAUUUG